AUGCAAGUUGAUAUUGGACGUUGGAGUCGAGAGGUGGUCGAGGUAGCUGCCAGUGUCCUUGGCGAGACUCAGUCGAGCCCCGAGGAGGUUGUCGACCAGUUGAACAAGGUGCAGAAACCUUUUCUGUUGUGGCUAGAAGAGAACAAGGAGUGCAAGGGGACGCAGACGCGGCCCAGAAGUGUUAAAGUGAUGUUCUACAAGCAGGACCAGAUCAUGAAGCGGAGCCAUAAGACAAAGCGUCUGGUAUGCAAGGCGAACACGCUUGUCGGUGGUCACCGGCGCGGCGGCAACGGCAACGGCAUCAACGGCAGCAACAAUAGUGUGCCAACGACAGCGCCGGCGCGGAUGGGCUGGCUGUGUUGA